AACAUAUGGAUUUUACUACUUGUAGAUUGAAACAACCAAUUUUUUACAAUAGCCAAAGUGACUGGUACUAAAGUAAUUUCUUCUUUGGUAUGUCAAAUGUCACACGAGUGCUUGUAGUGAGUGCAUGAAUUGCUUGAGUGAGUGCCCUCUGGGUAAAGUGCGUGCAAAAACCAAGUUUUACAGGAAAAAUUCGAAAAUGACAUGGACAUAAUCAAUAUUCAUUUUUGACGCAUGUGGGGUAGAGUAGGUAACUGCCCGCGCAGACGACUUUCAAUAGUCCUCAGACUUCGUUAAUUUCCCAUCGCUCCGUACUAUAUCGUGUGUUUCCUUUGGAUGUUUUUCCAUAAAAUAUAAAAUAUUGGUAAACGUAAUUUGAACUUGUGGAUUUAAAUCGCAACCAUGAAUAAGUUAUGCCGACAAGUGUCGAUCGAGUCGCCUGGACCUACAAUGAAAGAUUGCGUUUUUAACUUCGAAGUACCGGUACCGAACGUUCCACCCCUUGGGGCACGCAUCCGUGUUGUUUGUGCUGGAGCGUGUUAUCGUAUUAGAACGAGAUCGUCUUCCGUUUCCAGUGUAUCAUCCAGUCAAUCAGUGGAAGAAAGUGUUUACACAACCCCCGCCGCGCAUUAUGGUAUACGCGACAGCUCAUUGUUCCCAGGAUAUGAAGUUUCUGGAGUUAUCGAUGAGCUAGGGUCAGAUGUGCAGAAAAACGGUAAUUUUGCAGUCGGUCAGAGAGUUGUAUUGUACCCGUACGAUGGUGUCCCGCAUGGAUAUGCCGAGUAUGUUGUUGUCCCCGAACUCAGUUACCUGGUGCCUAUCCCAGACAACUUAUCGCUAAGUGUGGCCGCCAUGCUUCCUACAGGUGCGCUAUUGGCAAAGAAUACAGUUAUAACAGCGCACGAAUAUGUUUCCCAAUUACUGUCUGAACGAUCUCAAGACCAGGACUGUAAAAUUCUGAUUGUGGGAACUGGAGGGUUAGCUCUGUGGGCAAUAAGAAUUGCAGAACAUCACUUCAAGAAUCCCACGUACAAAGAUAGAGUUCAUAUAACGGUAGCUAGCUUAAAAGAUGAAGGUUUUAUGUUAGCUAAAGAGCUGCACGAUGUAAACCUUGUCCAGUGGAACGAAGACCUGUAUGAAAAGCAACUAAUUGAGCGAACAAAAGAUGCUUGCAACGGUUUAGUUGAUAUUGUUAUUGAUUUUGGUACAACCUCUAGAUCUCUCCACAGGUCGUUACAAUGUUUAAAUAUUAAUGGUGUUGUACUGAUCAGUGAGGAAGUUGCAGAACGGCUUCUUCCAAAAUUUUCACGGUUAGCAGCUGAGCGACAGCAAAAAAUUCAGGCUGUGGGAAUGGGUUCCAUUGAGCACUUAAGCCAGUUAGUAAAUCUUGUGGCGAAUGGCGAAAUUGCUCCUCCACCAUAUACAGAAUUCUCUGCGGAUGAAGCUACAUCCGUCGUUCAGAAAUUAUGCGAUUCUGAAAUUCCAGGGAGAGCCAUCUUACGUUUCCACGAUGUGUUGUAAAUUUGUCAUUUCAAACUACUGACCUCAAGAAGUGCAUUGUCAUUGUCGUUACAAGGAUGUUCAAUUGAAGAUAUAAUUUGUAUCCUAGAAAGAUCCAGUAUAUCAUUGUAGUAUUAUAAACUUUAAGACUAUGUUAGAAUGUGAUAUAACUAUGUUUUACUUAUUUACAAUGUUUAAUUGUUUAUAAAUGCCAUUGCUAAAACUUUAGUCGACAAAAAUAGAUAAUUUACUACACCUUUA